AUGAACAGUUUUCACGAUCCAAGGUCGUCCAUGGACCCCGCCAUGUCCUACAUCUACGGUGACACGGAGCAAUAUCUUAGCACCACCUCGUCCGAGUCCCAGAGCCCGCUGAGCUCAUCGUUCGACAUGCAGUUGUACAUCCCAGACUUCAGCGCGGCAGACGUCUAUCCCAGCCCAGACAGGGAAACGGCCUCCCCAGACACGCCGACGGAAGCGCCAGCCAAGACCCCGGCCAAGAGGAAGAGGGAAAACCGCUACAAGAAUGCGCCUCCCUCAGUUCUAUCUCGCCGCCGAGCACAGAACCGAGCGUCGCAAAGGGCAUACCGCGAGCGCAAGGACCAGCGCAUCAAGGACCUAGAGCAGAUGCUCGGAGAGGCCAAGCAGCGCAACGAGACGCUCACGCAAGCCUACGCACAACUGCAGGCCGAGUACGGCAAGCUCAAGAGCACCCAGUACCAAGACCAACCCUACGCAGAAAUGCCCUUCGAUCCUAGGGCGGCGGCGGCGGCAGCAGCAGCAGUACAAGCACAAGCACCAGUGGGCCUGGACUUGGACCUAUUCACGUACCCAAACAUGACGGCAAACUAUCAGAUGUGA